AUUAGUCGCAGGCUUGAUACAAAUACGAGGUAAUUGAAAUAAUUCAUAAGCAAUACCUUUAUAAAUAUCUAAUGUAACAUAAACAAUAUAUAUGUUACUGUAUAUUAUCACCUACUUUUGAGUUCGUUAAAAAGCAAACAGAAAAGUUUUUGCAAUUAUCGUAUUCUAAUUUUGAAAAAAAAAACAGCGAUAAUUAGUAGACAUAUAUAUUCCAUUAAAAGUAACAUUCGAGCGAUAAGUUCCAUAUUUAAGUGGUCCCUCAUAAACAAAAUUUAAUUACUAUUAGCAAACAAUACGUUGAGUAGUUUAAAAUGUUGGCUUUACGUUUAAUGUUAUUCCUAAUAUUUCAAAGCACGGUUUUAUCCUCCCUACAAUAUAAAGCGGAAGAUAUACAGGCUGUAUCAAAAGUUGUGUUCGAUAUUGUGAAAUAUAGGACUGACAAGAUUUUAGAGGCCGCCGGAGUCAAAAAUCAAUGUGCAAAAGAUUUGAAGAAGCUAUUAAAAGACGCCAUAUUUUUGAAAAGAUGGGCACUAGAAAUGUUAGAUGCUUCAUCAAAAAUACCUAGCGGUUUGUUAGCCGGUAAUAUUUAUAUGACAGGAAAUUAUGAUCAAUGUUUAAAUAUAAAUCAUUACUUGAAUGAAACCAAUAUAUACGGACAAUACUGUACAGUAUUUGUUACUCCAGAUAGCGAUAAGAACGAUUUGGAUUUUUUUAGUGUAGGAAACUUAAAAGGUUACUUGGGAUUAAACACAAGCAAACAUACGACAGAAUUACUCAAACUAAUGAAAGUUAAUUAUGGUUUAUGUAUCCCGCAUACUUGCUCCAUAGAAAACUUACAAAAUAUUUGGGAUUACAUCGAAAAUACUUUUCGUUUGCCUGUACACAUGCAUUUUACCGAUAUGAUGUGCAGAAGUAGACUAAAAAGCGAUUCUUCUUUCGAAAUUGACAAAUAUAUCAAAGCUUUCUUCUUCUUUUACAUAAUAUUACUGUUGAUAAGUACGUUGUAUGAUGUGGUUAUUCAUCAACAUAUGAAAACUAACAAAAACAACUUAUGGAUAUCAUUUUCAUUAUAUAGCAAUUUUAAAAGACUAAUAUCAGUUCAAGAUGCGUCUGUUGAGGUUAAAUAUUUAGAAUGCAUAAGUGGUAUUAAAGUUUUGAGCAUGGUUUGGAUAAUAUGUGGACAUAAAAUUAUGUUUAGCGUAUUUUCUGGAGUUACAAAUCUUUUGGAUAUCUAUAUGAUGUGGAGAAGCUCAAUUUCACCAAGUUUUGUAGCCAGUGGUGUAUACGCGGUGGAUACGUUUUUAUUUUUAAGUGGAUUACUACUUUCGUAUGGUAUAUUAAAUUAUUAUAGUUCACCAUAUGGGAAGAAAAGAGCCGUGCCGUAUCUGGUUAUUUACGCUUAUAGAUUUUUAAGGUUGUGUCCAGCCCUUCUUGCCAUUAUAUUAUUUCAUAUAACUAUUUUUAAAAAUUUAGCAGAAGGACCGAUGUGGCCUUUAAUGGCUACUAGACUGGCUUACACUUGUUACAAAACCUGGUUCGUAACAUUAUCCUUCGCAAGUAAUUUCUUACAGUUUAACCAACAAUGUAUGCAACAUUCUUGGUAUUUAGCCGUUGAUACGCAACUGUUUCUCAUGUCUCCAAUUUUGUUAAACAUUUUAAUCAAGAAACCAAUAAAAACUUGUUUAUUGUGUAUUGUAAUUUGUAUAGUGACAGCAAUUUAUACUUUUUUAAUAACAAUUUAUAAUCAAUAUGGAGCAACAAUGUUCGAGAGUGAUUUAUCUUAUCAGUAUAAUAUUUAUCAAGCUACGUCAGUAAGAUUGCCGGCUUGGUUAAUUGGAUUCAUUUUUGGUUACUUGAUAUACAAAUAUAAUGACGUCAAUAUAUCUCCGAUAGCCACAUUUUUUGCUUGGUUGGUCAUAUUUACAACAAUGAUAGGUUUAAUAUUGGUACACCUUGUUUUUAUUAGAGCUAAUGAAUAUAUUGGGCUGAAUGCGGCACUGUAUAAUUCGUUAGCUAAACAACUCUGGGCUCUCGCUAUGGGAUCGACAAUAUUUCUUUGUACAAUAAACAGAAAUGGUUUGAUGAAUAGAUUUCUGUCGUGGUCGAUUUUUAGAAUUCUUGUUAAAAUUACUUAUAGCGCAUAUUUAACCCACGUGUCGAUAAUAAUCUAUUUUAUUGGAUCUAAACAGCAUUCAACUUACUUCAGCAUCAUCAAUAACAUUCAUGGAUUUAUUGGUGAUAUAGUAUUAACUAUUGUAGUUUCUACCAUUUGGUGUUUAGCAUUUGAAUCACCAUUCGUAGCAAUUGCUAGAUAUUUAUAUAAAAAAGAAAUGGUAAAAGAAACAUUCUAUAACGGGGUGAUUGAAAAAAAGAAGAAGAAUAAAAACAAGAAUAUAACGUGUGUAAAUACAUGUAAGAAUAUACAAGGAAAUUAUAAAAAAAUCGAAUGAAGCAUAUCCUAUUUAUGAAAGCACAGUUAUUUCCCUUUUUUAAAUAAAGGCUUACAAAUUAAA